AAAUAAUUUAUAUACUAACACUAUGUGUUAAUACCAACAACCAAUCAACCAGUAGUAACAACAAAAAAGCAACAGGCGGUUGUUUUGUUAUAUUAUUUGCAAAGCGGAGCUGCUACGGCUGCUCAACUCUCAAUUUGGCUGCUGCCGGCUCGGCUGGUUGCCUGUUCGUUUGGCUAUUGCACGGUUACCGCUGUUGGUUAGCUGACUAGCUGAUCGCAUAUUGGCUGUAACGAACAUUCAAAAGUGUGAAAAUGAGUUGCGGCAUCUCUUUGGUUAAAUAUCUUUUAUUCUUGUUUAAUUUGCUAUGUUCGAUAUGUGGCAUAUUACUCAUUGUCUUUGGUAUUAUGCUCUUCAGCAAUAUACACAAUAUCGAUGAUAUAGCCGAGGCAGUACAAACACAACAAAUACCCAUCACAAUGAUCGUUUUGGGUUCGGUGAUAUUGUUGAUCUCGUUCUUUGGCUGUUGUGGAGCGAUACGGGAAUCGUAUUGCAUGUCGAUGACGUAUUCCGUGCUGCUCUUUGUGCUAAUGAUCGGUCAACUCGCUUUGGUCAUCUAUAUGUGGGUGCAAAAGGAUAAAUAUCUGGUAAUGAUGGGUGAUGUUGUUGAGAAGGCAUGGGCGCGUAGAACACGUAAAGCUGACUAUAUGGAUGCCAUACAAAUAAGUAUGGAGUGCUGCGGCAAGAACUCAUACCUCGACUACUCAUUCCAAGGCUACUAUCCACCAUCAUGUUGUAAGGGCAGUAAUUGUAGCAUUGAGAAUGUUUAUCGUCGUGGCUGCAAGCAGGCUUUUGUCGAUUUCUGGGAUAGGAACAGUGAUGUCAUUAAAUAUGCCGGUCUACUGAUAGCAGCGGUUGAGUUUGUUGGCUUCAUAUUUGCCUGCUGUUUGGCGAAUAAUAUACGCAAUUACAGGCGUCGCUCGUCUUACUGAGUUUUCUGAGUAUUUUUCCAAUCGCCCAGAAUCUCAGAAAUUUAUAUUUCGAAAACAUUUUGAAACAAGCAAUGAAUGUAAAGUUCAUAAAAACAAAAACAAAAUAUUUAGUUAUUUAAACCAUCGAAUUUUGUAACAAAUGUAUAAUAAAAAUCGAAAAAUCCACAAAUGUAUACUUAUAUAUAUAUAUAUAUGUAUUAUCAUAA